CUCUAAUUUUUCUUAGUCUGCUUUUUCUUCGUUACGUCCCGGAAUGCGGUAGCAGUAUCGACGCCCUCAGCUCCUUAGCCGGACUGAGAAAUUGAUCGCGAGCGCUUUAGAUCCAUAAACCAGGUCUAGGUCUAGGUCCAGGGGAUUUCCGCUCUCUCUCGCCUUCGCAAUUUGGGGUUCCCUUGGGAUAUCAUCUGUCGCAAACCAUCUUCCAGCCCGUCGAUCUUAUUCUCCUACCCAUUGCCAAUUCCAUCUACGUCAAUCUGCCCGGACAAAUCCUUAUGAUUAGGGAUCAUAAGGCUCCUGCUGGCCCGAGACCAGCCGCGCAGUCCCCGACUCGAUCGUCCAAGGAGAACAUCAACCCGGUCAACAGAAGCCACGACGAGCCAAUGCUUCAUGCAUCGUCGUCCAACAACCAUUCUCUGUUUUCCUUUGGUCGGAAUGGGGCCCCGAGUGACAUAGACGACAAUACCACAGCCUCUUUCGAAUUCCUGCCUUCUGUUAGCUUCGAUGAUCUUCAAAGUAGCCUCGAGACAGCUUCUACCGAUUUUAAACUGACCCAGUUUCCUUCACCGUCUGGCCAGGGGAGUAUUCUUGACGAGAAGCCAUUGGACGCGAUGGGUGGACAGCCUUCAGGUGCUGGCAGUAGUGGCACCGCCCGCUCGGGGGCCCAGCCGAAUCCCACUCCCAAUGCAGGUACUAGACCGUCAAGAUCGGGCUCCAUAUUGAGAAGACCCAGCACAUCAAGUCGACAGGUUAGCAACGGGUCUACCGUGUCCGUGUCUUCUAGUAUAACCGAUGCGCCGACUGCGCCUGCUGCGAUGAGGAAUCGACGUCAAAGCCAUUAUCCCCCGGUUUCAAAUACCAAUAUUGGAAAGCCCCCGAGGAAAUCGAUUGGCCCGGGGCUUAUUGAUGCUGACUACGGAACUGGGGUUCGGAGGCGGCGACCGAGUCUGAUAUCGAACCUUUCUGACAAGGGCGGCACUGACUCUGCUCGAACCUCGAUGGAUGUUUCUACUGGGCAAACUGGGGAUGGCAGGCCGUCAUUUCAAGGCUCGCGAGCUUCGAAGGCACGUUCGAUACAGCCCGCGCCUAGGAUAUCAGCAAACUUCUCUACUAUCAACAGCAGUAGCACCAGUCUCGCUCCAGAUCAAAAUCGUACAUCCACUGCGUUUCCAAGGUCACCCAGGGCGAGCGGCAAAGGCUCUACACCUAAUUCUGCGAGAAGGAUGUCUGUAAUGCCUGGCGCUCACACCUCUCAUGCCACCGGGCUUGGUGCUAGGACCAUCUCACCCACUGACGCGCAAAGGAUGAAGCGUAUGUCGAUACAUCCUACUCAGAAUAUGCCGCAGAUAUCAAAUGCGCCGCUUCCGCCUGCUGAUGUUCGCCCUCAAUCACGCUCACCUUCCAUGAUUCCUCGAAAAACAUCCACUCCUUCAUCUCUAAGAACCACCCCAGAAGUCACUAAUAGGAAAUCCUAUAGCUCAGGAUUGUCUGUUGGUUCAACGACUAGUUUCAACACACAACGAACCUCAACCGGUUCAAUACAACGUACCCUCUCCCAAGUAGGUCCAACGUCAAGGCUUCCCGCUCCCAAAGCGCUGAACAUCCACAACCCUCCCACUGGCGAAGAUGAGGAAGAUGUGCCGCCUGUGCCUGCGAUUCCCAAGGUUUAUGGGUCGCCUAAGGACUCGCCGGCAGAACUUUCGUUCCUGGAGAAACGGAAGUCGAAUUACACGUUUGAUUCUAGUAGUAUUCAUAGCAAUUCUACGGGUACGCCCUCCGGUACACCAUCCCAGGAGCCUACGAAGAAAGCAUCACGAAAACCUAGUGAACGAAAACGUGCCCCGCGGAAGACGUUAGCCGGUCCUACCUCUGAUAUCGAGCAGAAAAUCAACGGAUCCCAAUCCAAGAAGAAUUUACAGCCCCUGCGACUUCCGCCAUUGAGUGUAGGUCCAUUAAGCAUGCCUACAGAGGCAAAGAUCGCGGCUCUAAGGGAUCAAGGCGAGGAUAGUGGUAAAUUGAGUCCGCCACUGUCAAGGACUAUUGCUAAAACGCCAACAACGCCUAUGACUGCGUCGAAGAGUACAUUCUUUUUUAGGGGGCGCGCGGAUAGAGAUCCCGAAAAGACGGUCCUCCGCAGCAGUAGCUCUAUUCAUCACAGCCGAGUUGAAAGUCCUACUGGAGAGAAUGGAACAAGCUCGUCUGAAUCGCCGAUCAGUUCAGUAGUUCACAAGCAAGCUGCCAAAGUUUCCGGAUCGCCUUUUCUAUCGUCAUCCGUUCCUAAAGGUAGCAAUCCCUUUGGUAAUCAAUUAACAAAGUCUAGAACUAUUGGGGAUACCAACAACACGGCUGCAAUUGACACGACUAUCGAUACAAGACCUCAGCAAAAACCAUCUGGUCCUCGUGCGCCGAAACUGGCCAAGCCAACUAAUAAGACUCCGCCGGCUGAGCAGAGUCCUGAAGAACCUCCAACGCCAUCCUCAAUGAGCAAUUUGCGGAGGAAAUUGAGCUUGUCCUGGAAGAGGAGUAACUCGAAAAGUAGCCAUCACGCUUCCAACAGCUCUGUUGAUAAAGCUGCUGAGAAACUUGCCCGGCAAGACAGCAUGCCGCCUCCACGGAUACCAGUCUCUGCAUCAAUGAACAUCAAUUCAGUGAAGUCUUCUAGUCCAAGCCAUGCCACCAAGCCCAGUGCAGGAACGUACCUAGAAACCAGGCGCAGGAAGAGUUCCGCGUCUAGCUUGAACACUAUGUUUACGCAGAAGAGCUCGAAGGAAGAUGUUGGUAAUAACUCGAUGAUCGAGACUUCCACACAACCUCGGAAUUCAUCUAUGCAGAAGAUGCUGCGGCCAAGACCAUCGGCUGCCUCGAUUAAACGCCAUGACCCUUAUACUGCCGAUCUGGAUAAGGAUGAUCUCAUUGCCGAGGAGGAGAUGAAGAAGUUAGCUUUGAGAAGGAAGGAGACGGAAAUGGCAGCCCGAACACUAGAUGCGCUCCGUAGAAGGGCAACCCCUAAGGAACGUGUAGGACCUCACGAAGCUAUUCGAAUAGCCAUAUUGAACAUCUACGAAAAGGGCGAGAUUGUCGAUUAUAGCGACGUCUAUUUUUGCGGAACUCAGCACGCCAGCAAGGUUGUAGGCGAUUUGAACUCGAAACUACCAAACUUCGGUUACGACGAUGAGCGCGGUGACUAUACGAUCGUCACAGGUGAUCAUCUCGCUUAUCGCUACGAGAUCGUUGAUGUGCUCGGGAAAGGCAGUUUUGGCCAGGUGGUGAGGUGUAUAGACCAUAAAACCGGCGUGCUCGUUGCCGUAAAGAUCAUCCGAAACAAGAAGAGGUUCCACCAGCAAGCUCUUGUCGAAGUCAACAUUCUGCAAAAGCUUCGCGAAUGGGACCCUCACAAUAAACACAGCAUGGUCAACUUUACUCAUAGUUUCUAUUUCCGAGGACAUCUCUGCAUAUCAACUGAGCUCCUCGAUAUGAACCUUUAUGAGUUUAUCAAGUCCAACGCAUUCCGCGGGUUUUCUCUUAAACUAAUCCGAAGGUUCACGAAGCAAAUGCUCAGCUCGCUUAAUCUACUUAAACAGCAUAAGGUGAUCCAUUGUGAUCUCAAACCAGAGAACAUUUUGGUUCGGCAUCCGAUGCAUUCUGAGAUCAAGGUCAUCGACUUCGGUUCAAGUUGUUUUGAAAACGAGAAAGUUUAUACUUAUAUCCAGUCACGGUUUUAUCGAUCCCCGGAGGUCAUUCUGGGAAUGACUUACGGCUUACCAAUCGAUAUGUGGAGUUUGGGCUGUAUCUUGGCUGAACUAUACACCGGUGUCCCUAUUUUCCCCGGAGAGAAUGAGCAAGAACAACUGGCCUGUAUCAUGGAAGUAUUUGGUCCACCUGAGAAGCAUCUCAUUGAAAAGAGCACAAGGAAGAAGCUUUUCUUUGAUUCCAUGGGCAAACCUCGUUUGACUGUGUCCUCCAAGGGCAGGAGGCGUCGGCCGUCCUCUAAAACGCUUCAACAAGCUAUCAAAUGCGACGACGAGCCGUUCCUCGACUUCCUCGCCCGAUGUCUGCGGUGGGAUCCAGAUCGUCGUCUCAAGCCUGAGGAAGCCAUUCGCCACGAAUUCAUCACGGGCCAGAAGACCUCAGUCCCCGUCCCUAGAACACGUGAGUCUUCGCCGGUCAAGCGCCACAACACCAUAUCAGCUCCGCGACCUCUACCAGAGCCCCCAGCAGGUGGCAAGAGCGGCCCGUCCCUGCGCCCCAGGGAGACCAAUGGUAGUCCUUUGAAACAAGGAGGUGCGAGACGAACGUCUGCCUUUACGGGUCUCGCCAGUACCGCGGGUACGAAGCGAAGUAGCGCAGGGACGUCCGCAACGACAGGUGGCAGCAACCUACCUCGCGUGGCCGGCCGCAGUGCUAGUGGCAAACAGGAUUUGGCCUCCGCAGGGGCUAAUGUUGCUAUGAGUCGACGAGCUUAAAUGAUUAAUUUUCGCAUGGGAGCUCCGUCGAGCUUCCCAGCAUGGCUUAUGAGAUGAUUUUGGGUAUUUAUUUCCGGUAGCAUACCACGGCGCGAGUAAACCU